AUGCCUCAGGUACCAUUGCUUCGACUCCAGUGCGGAGUCAAUAGUUAUGAUUGGGGCAAGGUCGGCCACGAGUCGGCUGCUGCGAAAUACGCAGCAACCACAGCAUCUUCUGAUUUCUCAAUACAGUCCGACAAGCCUUAUGCAGAGUUAUGGAUGGGCACGCAUCCUUCGCUUCCUUCGAAAGACCUCGAGACUCAGCGGACCCUGCUCGAUAUGGUACAAGACAACCAAGCAUUGAUCUCUCCGGAGGUCAGCCAGCGGUAUGGCGGAAAGCUCCCCUUCUUGUUCAAGGUGCUUUCGAUCAGAAAAGCGCUUAGCAUCCAAGCUCAUCCGAACAAGAAGCUUGCGGAGAAGCUUCAUGCUAGAGAUUCUCGAAACUACCCUGAUGACAACCACAAACCGGAGAUGACCCUCGCCAUCACCCCCUUCGAAGGCCUGUGUGGCUUCCGACCUCUGGCCGAGAUCUCCCAUUUUCUCAAAGCGGUAGCAUCCCUCCGUCAACUGGUCGGCGAACAGGCUGCCAGCGAAUUCGAGAACACAGUCCAAGGCGCGGAGAACUCGGAAGAUCCGGCGGCUACAGAGAAGAAUAAGCAGGCGCUUCGCUCGCUCUUCGCCUCAUUGAUGAAAUCCUCCCCCGAGAGCAUUGAGGCCGCGACGAAAGGCCUUGUUGCCGCCGCGCAGAACUCCCCAGAAACGUUUGCGACAUUGGAUAGCGCACCGGAAACCAACCCCAGCAAUCCCGCGGAGUUGGCAGCCAUUACCGUGCGCCUGAAUGAGCAAUUCCCCAACGACAUCGGUUCCUUUGUGUUCUUCCUUCUCAACUUUGUCAAGCUGGAACCCGGUGAGGCCAUGUUCCUCAAGGCUGAUGAUAUCCACGCAUACAUCUCUGGCGACAUCAUCGAAUGCAUGGCCUCGUCGGACAAUGUCGUGCGCGCAGGCUUCACGCCCAAGUUCAAAGAUGUUGACACACUCGUCGACAUGCUGACAUACUCCUAUGCGCCCAUCUCGGAGCAGAAACUGGAGCCUACCGACUAUCCGUAUGCGGUACUUAACGCCCCGGCUUACUCCAGUGGUUCUUCCUGCACCCUGUACGAUCCCCCGAUUGAGGAGUUCAGCGUGGUCAAGACGGAUCUCAAGCGCACAGGAGCCAAGACCACAUUUGACGGGAUCUCAGGUCCUAGCAUUAUGAUCUGCACCGCUGGCACGGGGAAGAUUACAGUCGGUCCUAAGACCGAGGAGGUCAAAGAGGGCUAUGUGUUCUUUGUUGGAGCCAAUGCGGAAUGCAUUCUUGAGAGCACAGGAGAUGAUGUCUUCACCACUUUCAAGGCCUUCUGCGACUUGACGGGUAAGGAGGACAUGGUGAAUGGGAACUAG